CCGUCAACACAAAACACUCGAUCUAAAUAUCAAUGACGAGCAGAAAUCGGUUAUUCGUGAUUUAUUAAGGUCUCAGUGGGGUGUGACAUAUAUCUAGCCAGAUCUGUGUUCAGUAUUCACAUCUGUACAACACGUUUGACAGGAUGGAGUCUCAGGUGGCGCGCAGCGGCAUCAGUGUCCAGCAGUCCGACCUCAUGUGCAAGAGGGGAUGCGGUUUUUACGGUAACGCCGUCUGGCAGGGCUUGUGCUCGAAAUGCUAUCGAGAAGAGAACCAGUGCACCAGAACCAAGCAGAUACAGGAGGACAGAGCACUAGCCGAGAGGUUACAGCGGGAGGAGGAAGCGGCGUAUGCUAGCAGCAGUGAGGGGGCUCGCUCUCAGCCAACGUCCUCCAAAACAAACAGUGUGCCCAUGGUCAAGAGGCUCUUCACCUCCGCUCCCAAAGCACCUGGAAGGAGAGAUGCAGGAUCUUCAAAGACGCCGGUCAGCCAGGGCUCGUCCCACAGCCGGCAGCCCAGCGCUGAAUGUGACCGCAUUACACAGCACUUCAUCGACUUCCUCAAACCCUUCCAGAGACCCGGAUAUGACAUUUUUAAACAGUGCCAUGCCUUUGCUGAAAACAUUGCACACAAAAAGGUUGUUGGCUGUGAAGAUCUCUCAGACUCUGUGCAGGACUUCUAUCAGAGCAUGUCUGAAUACCUGCAGACCAACUUUAAAGGCUCUCCUGAAGUGGUGGAGACUGUGAUGGAGGAGGUGGAGCGAUACGUGAUGGGUCGUCUGUAUGAGCAGCUCUUCUGUCCUGACCACACUGAUGAUGAGAAGAAAGACCUAGCCGUCCAGAAGAGAAUCAGGGCUUUGCACUGGGUGUCCAUUGCAAUGCUGUGUGUUCCUUUAGACGAGCAGAUCCCCAAAGUGUCAGACAGUGUGGAGAGAGCCAUAACAGACCUGAUCGACCUGGACUCCAAAAAGGUUCCUAAGGAGAAGCUGGCGUGUGUCACCAGGUGUAGUAAACACAUCCUGACGGCCAUCCAGGGGAGUAAGAAAGUGGCCGCCUCAGCAGACGACUUUCUGCCUGCGCUGGUCUACAUCAUCCUGAAGGCCAAUCCACCACGAUUACACUCCAACAUCCAGUACAUAACCCGUUACUGCAACCCCAGCCGCCUUAUGAGCGGAGAGGACGGAUACUACUUCACUAAUCUAUGUUGCGCCGUGUCCUUCAUCGAGAAGCUUGAUGCGCAGUCGCUAAACCUGAGUCCGGAAGACUUCGAGCGCUACAUGUCUGGAGCGGCGUCUCCAUCCGGCCGCAGCACACAGAACGGCUUCAAUGCGGCGGUCAGCAGCGCAGACGUCCCGCCGCCGGACCCGAAGAGGAACCAUCAUCAGAAAACAGCUACGGAAACAGACCUCAUCGAAUGGAGGGACGGCCAGGAGCUCUCGGUGCUGGGUUUACUGGAAGGAGAAACACACAAAAGCACCGCCAGCUUCACCAUCGACUCUGAAAACAUCGGUGGAGAGAGUCUGCCUCCGCCAUUACAGCCGCAGAAAUUCACUGGCUAGCUCAAAUCUCAACCGGACAUAGACUGACAUCGGCUGGAGACUCUUUCCCACAGGUUAGUGAUGGGCUCACAAACGUUGGGCUCAACUUAAACGUCUGACGAUCAGCAGUCCAGUGUAGUUUGUGUAUCACUUCCAAAUAAAAGUAAAAGAUGAGAGGAGGAUUCAUAAAGUUUGAUUUUAGGACCAUCAAGAUUUUGUGUGUGUGGUGUUGUGAAAAGAAUAAUAACUUGACAUUAUGCAAUAUUUAUAUGGCACAGAUGUUAAUGAGUAAAUAUCUGUGUGGUGUUGAGAAUCUGAUCAUUAGAAAUCAAAUAUUUGUGGUUUUUAUGAUUAAUAUUACACUGCAAAUAAAUGCUUUCCUUAGUUUCUGUCUUGUUUGUAGUCCAAAUAUCUAAAUAUUUUUAAAUCAAGAGUUUUGUAGACAAGCGAAAUUUAUUGUUGUGUUUUCAGAAAUAAUCUUGCCUUCACUUUGAGAUUGAGCUUCCCAAUCAACGGUAGGAAAAAUAUCAUUCAACAGUCUGAAACGGGCAGUUCUAGAGCACCGAUUGACAUCUUAAGUAUUUACAAAACACAUUUCUUGUAAUAUAGGUGUUUAUAUCUGCAUGUAGCCUUAAAAAAAUUAAAAUUAGACAUCAUUUGUAUAGUUUGACCUAAUUUAACCUCUAAAAUAAAUACUAAAUAUCCUUCAAAACACUGAAAACAUAUACAUUUUAUUAAUAAAUUAGACAUAAUUUAAAUACCAUCGUAAAUUUGAUUCACUGAAGCAUGAAUUACCAAACUACUACUGAAAAAAAUGGACAAAUAAUGAAUUCACAAUUUGUUAAUGCUUAAUAGAUGAUUCAUAGUGUGUAGUUGUAAAGUUUUACCGUUUAUUUAGCUUGUUUUAUGGUAAAACCCUUGGUUUUGACUUAUGAUUUCUGAAAAUAAAACUAUAUGAUUUUGCUGGUCUAGAAAAUGCAUCAUGAUUUAAGAAUUUUAGAUGUUUAGACUAGAAACAAGACAAAAACUCUUAGUAAGAAACAUUUUUUGCGGUGAGCAAUGCCCCCCCAAAAAAUCUUAAUUGUCCAAAAACAAGCUUCAUUUGCUUAGUUAGCGUUUCUUUUGAUUAGGGGUGAAAUAUAGACAUAUGUUGAAUAAUGUGAAUUGAGAUGAUGGUGUAAAUUUUAAGUUAUUGUUUCUUGCACUGGUUUACAGCUCACUGAGAUGUGAGAAUAAAUAACUUAUUAUUAGUGUAUAUGACUGAUUUCAGAUCUCCCCUUAUAAUCCUUAAAGGGAUAAAUCACCCAAAAAUGGGCGUUUACUCACUAUUAACACUCCCUUUGAAAGCUUUAUAAGUUUCUUUCUUCUGUUGAAUGCAAAAGAAGAUCUUGCUGAAGAAUGCUGAAAUCCCACUGACCUCCAUGGUAGGAGAAACAAGUACUAUGGAAGUCAAUGGUUACAGAUUUAAAUAUCUUUCUUUGUGUUUAAUAGAAUACGUGAAGGGUGAGCAAAUGAUGACAGAAUAUUAAUUUUUGGGUGAACUGUCCCUUUAAGUUAAGUUUUCUGGUUGCCAUCUGAAUUUAAAUUGAAAGAUGAAGACAGAGCUAGCGUUGGUUAGUAUAGCUGAGUUAACCAAAAGCUGGUGUUGGUUAACAUUUACUAUGGUCAUUGACAUGCUAGGAUUGGUUAAAGCAUGCUGUGAUGAACAGUAAUUAUGUUACAGCCGAAGCUUGAAAUCACAGGUGUGGUUUAAUACAGUGUUUCUCAACCACGUUCCUGGAGGACCACCAGCUCUGCACAUUUUCCUUGUCUCCUUAACCAAACACACCUGAUUCAGAUCAUCAGCUCAUUAGCAGAGACUGAAAGACCUGUAAUGUGUGUGAAAGACAAAGGAACAUCCAAAACAUGCAGUGCUGGUGAUCCUCCGGGAACGUGGUUGAGAAACACUGCUUUAAUAGACACCAGCUCAUUUGUAAACAUAGAUUUAAUCAAUAUAAUGAAUUUUUCUGAUGGUUUUAUUUUAAAAAAAGACACUUAUAAUCAUAUAUUUAUUUUCUGAAUAUUUAUUUUCCGAGAAAUGCUGUUACACAAUGAAUAAAACGUACUAAUUUUAUUAUUUAAAGAGUUAAAGGGAUAAUUCACCCAAAAAAGUGAAGAUUUUAUCAUCAUUUUCUCACCCUUUACUUGUUUCAAACCUUUAUAAGCUUCUCUUUUCUGUUGAACGCAAAAGAAGAUAUUUUGACAUAUGCUGAAAACCUGUAACCAUUGACUUCCAUUGUAUUUAUUUUUCCUACUAUGGAAGUUAAUGGUUACCGGUUGUCAGAUUUAUUACAAUAUCUACUUUAGUGUUCAGAAGAAGAAAGAAUCUCAGGUUUGCAACCACUUGAGGGGGAAUAAAUAAUGCAUACUCUUUCAUUUUUGGGGGACCUAUCCCUUUAAGUGAAGUUUUCUGUUGCCAUUAAUGAUCGUCUAAAUUAAAAUUGAAAAAUGAGGACAGAACUGGUGUUGAUUAGUCACCCAAAAGCUGACGUGCAUUAAUAUUUACUUUGGAAUGCUAGGAUUUGGUAAAGCAUGCUGUGAUAAACAUACAAAGCUUGAAAUCACAGGUGUGGUUUAAUACAGUGUUUCUCAACCACGUUCCUGGAGGACCACCAGCUCUGCACAUUUUCCAUGUCUCCUUAACCAAACACACCUGAUUCAGAUCAUCAGCUCAUUAGCAGAGACUGAAAGACCUGUAAUGUGUGUGAAAGACAAAGGAGACAUCCAAAACAUGCAGUUCUGGUGAUCCUCCGGGAACGUGGUUGAGAAACACUGCUUUAAUAGACACCAGCUUAUUUGUAAACAUAGAAUUAAACAAUAUAAGGAAUUUUUCACAUGGUAUUAUUUAAAAAAAAAGACACCUAUAAUCAUAUAUUUAUUUUCUUAACAUUUAAUUUCAGAGAAAUGCUGUUAAAGAAUGAAAAAAAAAAACUAACUAAUUUUAUUAAUUAAAGAGUUAAAGGGAUACUUCACUCAAAAAAUUUAAAUUAUAUCAUUAUUUACUCACCGUUUACUUGUUUCAAACCGUUAUGAGUUUAUUUUUUCUGUUGAACUCAAAAGAAGAUAUUUUGAAGAAUGCUGAAAACCGGUAACCAUUGACUUACAUAUUAUUUAUUUUUCCUACUAUGGAAGCCAAUGGUUGCUGGUUGUCAGAUUUAUUACAAUAUCUACUUUAGUGUUCAGCAGAAGAAAGAAACUCAGGUUUGCAACCACUUGAGGGGGAAUAAAUAAUGCAUAAUCUUUCAUUUUUGGGGGAACUAUCCCUUUAAACAACUGCUUGUUUUAAACGCACUUUUUUGUCCGUUUGUUUCAUGAAAAUAUUGCGUAAUAUGCAUGCAAAGUAACACUUUUGCUGUGGUCUGUAGUAUCCCGUUAUGAACAGUUUGUAACCUCAUUUUGUUAUCUAAAUGAUCUAGGUAUGAAGCCAAAAAUUUCAAGUAAUAAAUGAUCUCCUGGAGAAAACA